AUGCCGCCACACGUCCCUCUUUAUUGGGAGAGAAUGAAUUAUUGCAGCUCCAAGCCCUUCCAGUGCGACUCAGGGAACUUUUGUGGAAAACCUAAGAACCCAGUGGAUCAGGUGCAGUGCAUCAUAGGUGGAUCACUGGAUGCCAAAGGCAGCUUCCCCUGGCAGGCAAAGACGGUUUCCCGCCAUAAUCUCACCACGGGGGCCAGGCUGAUCAAUGAGAAAUGGCUGCUGACCACAGCUAAAAAUCUCUUCCUGAAUCACACAGCUGAUGCAAAAGCCAAGGACAUCGCUCCCACGUUAAAGCUCUACGUGGGGAAAAAUCAGCUUGUACAGAUUGAGAAGGUGGUUCUCCACCCCAACUACUCCACGAUAGACAUCGGGCUCAUCAAACUCAAACAUAAGGUUCCUGUCGAUGAGAGAGAAAUGCCCAUUUGCCUACCUUCAAAGGACUAUGCGGAAGUGGGGCAUGUGGGUUACGUGUCUGGCUGGGGGCGGAAUUCCAACUUCAGGUUUACUGAGCACUUGAAGUACGUCAUGCUGCCCGUGGCUGCCCAAGACAAAUGUGUGAAGCACUAUGAAGGCAGCACACAACCUGAGAAGAAGGAACAGAAGAGCCCUGUUGGGGUGCAGCCCGUCCUGAAUGAACACACCUUCUGUGUGGGCAUGUCCAAGUAUCAGGAAGACACCUGUUACGGCGAUGCUGGCAGCGCCUUUGUCGUGCACGACCAGGAUGAGGACACCUGGUAUGCGGCCGGGAUCCUGAGCUUUGAUAAGAGCUGUGCUGUGGCUGAGUAUGGAGUAUACGUGAAGGUGCCCUCCAUCCUGGACUGGGUUCAGAAAACCAUAGUGGCUGCCUUGUUGGUGGAACUUAGCUUCGACAGCAGCUAG